UACACUGGCAGCAUGGGGCAGCGAACAGUGGUAAUGUAUGUAGAGAUUGGUUGUUUUGUGUCCUGUUUGUGUGGCUGGAUUUUGAUUUGUUCCACUUUGGCCAUUGAGUUUUGGAUUGUGUCUGAAAGCAGCGGAGUUGUUCUCGAAGCCGGUGAUUUCUAUUCAAAUAUCUGGAUGGACUGUGUCACAGACUCCGCAGGAGUCUCUGACUGUAAAUACUUCCCCUCCAUGAUGGACCUAUCUGUUUUCCUCCAUGUGAGCAGGGCUUUGGUUGUCAUCUCUGUGAUAUUUGGCUUCUGGGGGGCUGUGCUUGCCCUCAUCGGGAUGAAGUGUACCAAAAUCGGAGGUUCUGAGCUCGCUAACGCCAGAGUGACAUUUGCAGCGGCACUGACCUACAUGGCAUCUGGGUUCUGUGGUAUGAUAGUGUACUCCAUGUGGGGAGAUAAAGUGCGCACAGAAUUUUUGGAUCCAUAUUUCUUAGAAAACAAGUCUGAGCUCGGUGCAGCUCUGUUCAUUGGUUGGGGAGGUUCUUGUCUAGUUAUAUGUGGGAGUGCAGUCAUGUGCUAUUUCUCUGGACGAGAGUCAUUUAAACAAAGGUUUACUAAGAAACCCAGAAGACCACCAACCUACAUGACAGCACGUACCAGACAGACAUACAUGCUGCCAAGCUUGUCCAGACCCACAAAAGUCAUCAUACCUCCUUUAUACCAAUCAAACAGAGAGGGCAGAGAAAGAAGAGAGAGCAGAGAAAGUAGAAAGAGCAGAGGUACGAGAGGAACACGAGAAAGUCAGUCUUCAAAAACUUCCAGGACCACAUUGCUCCCCAUAGACUUAACACAACGUUAA